AUGAAGGACAGUGGAACCAUGAAGGACACUGGAACCAUGAAGGACAGUGGAGACAUGAAGGACAGUGGAGACAUGAAGGACAGUGGAACCAUGAAGGACAGUGGAACCAUGAAGGACAGUGGAACCAUGAAGGACAGUGGAACCAUGGAGGACAGUGGAACCAUGGAGGACAGUGGAACCAUGGAGGACAGUGGAACCAUGAAGGACAGUGGAACCAUGAAGGACAGUGGAACCAUGGAGGACAGUGGAACCAUGGAGGACAGUGGAACCAUGAAGGACAGUGGAACCAUGGAGGACAGUGGAACCAUGAAGUCAGGACAGUGGGGCUUCAGCCCCUCCCCUCAGUGGUUAAACUGUGACCUCACCGCCUUCUUGAGAACCUUUGGUUUUGAUGGUUUGGACCUGGACUGGGAGUACCCGGGAUCCCGUGGAAGUCCUCCAGAGGACAGGGAAAAGUUCACUCUGCUUUGUAGGGAACUUGUGGCUGCCUACGCAGCUGAGGCCGCUGCCACCGGUAACAACCAGCUCAUGCUGACUGCUGCUGUGUCUGCAGGGAAAGGAACCAUUGAUGCUGGAUAUGAGAUCGCUGAGAUUGCCAAGGAGUUGGACUUCAUCAAUGUAAUGACCUAUGACUUCCAUGGAACCUGGGAGACGUUCACUGGCCACAACAGCCCCCUCUUCCGUGGUUCCCAGGACCAAGGCGACCUCAUCUACUUCAACACUGACUAUGCAAUGAAGUACUGGAGGGACCAAGGUACACCAGUGGAGAAGCUGCAUAUGGGUUUUGCUACGUAUGGUCGCACCUUCCGCCUGACAUCGUCUAACACCGGUAUCGGAGCCCCUGCCAGCGGCCCUGCUUCAGCCGGACCCUACACCCGUGAGGCUGGCUUCUGGGCCUACUACGAGAUCUGCACCUUCCUGAAGGGCGCCACAUUGGAAUGGAUUGAAGACCAGAAAGUCCCCUAUGCUCACAAGAACAAUGAGUGGGUGGGAUUCGAUACCAGGGAGAGCUAUGAGACGAAGGUCCGCUACAUGCAAGAGCAGAAGUUUGGCGGGGCCUUUGUGUGGGCCCUGGAUCUGGACGACUUUAAAGGACAUUUCUGUGGAGAGGGAAUCCACCCUCUGCUGUCACAUCUCCGCACUCUUCUCGAUAUUGAGUUGCCUCCCCUGCCCCCGACCACAACCCGUGACCCCAACAAACCCACCCCGACAACCACAGCCACCACCACCACCACCACCACCCACGCACCAGGAUCAGGCUUCUGUAACGGAAAGCCCGAUGGCCUGUAUCCCCACGAAGAGGACAGAAACCUGUUCUACAUGUGUGCACAUGGAAUCACUCACGUCCGUGCGUGUGGAACUGGCUCCGUCUUUGAUGAAAAAUGCAAGUGCUGCGUCUGGCCUUGAAAUAGGGAUGACUCUGAAAACAAUACAUUCUCAAGCUAUUGAAUGGCGUUCAUUCUUUGUUGCAGUGUAAUCGUUUUCCUAAUAUCAUUCAAUAAAAAAUGCUUUGCAAAGUG